AUGGAAGAAGAAGAGGCGAAGGAAGCGCAGUCCAUACACUCCUCCCCGGGAGGCGAUAACAACGUUAAUCACGACCAUGCAGCGAAUGAUCAACGGGAAGACGAACCCGCGUGCGCACCAAAUGAGGGAGAACCGAAUAAGGAUUAUAACCCGCAAGAGGUGAAAACAAAUGAAGGGAACAACCCUCACGAAGGGAAUGACCCAAACGAACCCCAGAAUGACGAGUGGCUAGUUUACGUAAGUAACCAGUCAUAUGGACCCUACAAUUUAGAUCAAAUGAAGAAACUGUGGAGUGAAAAAAGAUUAAACAUCAUGUCGAUAAUAUUUAAAAAGGGAGAACAAAACUGGAAGUAUGUGUACAACGAUGAUAUAUUAAAAGGGUGCCUUCCUUUUAACACACCAAGUGGUGAUGGCACAAGGGAUGGGUUCCUGGGGGGCGCCACUGCGAAGGAGCAUUCUUCUGUGACAACAGAACCGAAAAUCAAAAUAUACUAUGACGAAAACAACCAAGUGAAAGGAGAUGCCUUGGUUACAUAUGUGUACACACAGAGUGUCGACAUUGCCAUUAAAUAUUUUGAUAAUUUUUACAUAAGACAGGAUUGCAUGAUUCGUGUAGAAAAGGCACAAUUCAACAAAAAAAAAGAAGCCUCCAAAGUUUCUAAGGAAGAAAUGCUAAUUAAAAAAAAAAAAAUCAAGGCGGCGAAAUAUGAGCAACUCAGGUUGCAGAAGUGGGGAGAUGGAUACACUGGAACGAAAAAAAAAAUCGUUAUUUUUAGGAACGUCUUUUCGUAUGAAGAUGCAGUGAAGCACGAUGAGGGAGACCCCUUCUACGAUUUUAUAAAAGAUCUGGUAGAAAUGGAAGUAAAGAAGUACGCGCCCGUGCACAAGGUGUAUCCCAUACCGAAACACCCCAACGGAAUUGUCUGCGUCAAAUUCAAAGGAGUGGAGGAAGCCGAAAUGAUAGUAUCGUGCUUCAAGGACAUGGAGCUGAAUGAUAAAAAGCUGGAAGUGUAUUUUUACGAUGGAAAACAGGACCUGAAGGCGCAGUGCUUGCCUGCACAGAGUGCCAACAAGGCGCGUGCAGAAGACGCACCAGAAAAUGAAGAGCCGGAUAAGCAUAUAGAGGAUAACCAACCGUCAUUUUUGCAAAACAACAAUUUGCAGUCGUUUCAUGAUUGGAUUGAUAAUCAGAGUGAAGAUGAGGAACACGAAAUUAUGGUCGAAUAA